CCCAAAUAGGCAAUAAAAACCAAGCCUAUUCCCAUCUUCUAAUUUCACCUAGGGUUCAUUACCAACAAAUGUUGGCAUUACCAGGCCAGUUAAGAUGAAUUUGAUGCCACAACUCCUCUAGCCCCGAACACACACUAUCUUCCAUCCUAGUAAUAGCAGCUAAAGCCGUCGACCUUGAAUGAUGACGACUGAGGUGGUAUGCAGGUUACGUGCACAAUGGAGAACGAAAUCGAGAUACUUGAUGGGCCUGUCGUCGUUUCCUCUUCCUCCGACGAGGUUCAGGAACGGGCAGCAACGGCUUUUGUGUAUAACACCAGACGCCAAAAAACUUGCUUUAGCAAGACCCCAAUCCUGGGGGUUUCGCAGAAGAAGAAACACAGCAACCGUCCUCGGUAUGGAGGUAUCUGCUUAAAUAUGGCUUCACAGUUUGAGCAGAUCCAGCAAUAGAUAGAGGAUUUAAAAGCUAUAGUUGUGAAGCAGGGACAAUUCAACUAGGAUGUCCUCGCAACGCUGCACUAGGCCAUAGGUGGGCAGGACGGAUCGCCGAUUGUGGGUAGCAAUUCUCCGCACCCAAUCCGGUUCAAGAACAGGAUUAAUACUACAACCGAACACGCUGCUACGAGGGAUCAGCCAAGGUUUAGAACAUACAAACGGCAUAACUCCAAGACCGAAAGCAACACGAAGUCUGGUCUUAGGGGGAGGCGAAAUCUGUUCCCGGCUUCGAUGGUUUCAACUGGAUGCGACGAACCCCACUGCUCGUGUGUCACCAAUACGAUCGUGAAGAUUGCUCGGGCUCGAGUCCUUCAACAGAAAUUCAUGCAAUUGAGGCACCUAGAUAGCAAUUUUAUGGCAGAGAAUAUUGGUAGCAAAAUUCCCAAGGGUAUGCUGGUCUCAUUUCAACCUACUCUGGACAUGGAGAUAAAUGGAUUGCACCUAGCUAACGCAUCCUACAUCUUUAAUACUGCGUUGGACCCAGAGAGAUACUUGUUCCAAAUUUGCACUUUCGCCAUGACGCGCAAGGUCCUAAAGACUUUAGAACCGGGGAGGCAAGUAGUUGACUAUGUGCUGAUUCUGUUGGCAAGGAUGCUUGCCUUAGACUCCAUAAGGCUGCAAUGAUACCUGCCAACCACCUUUACGUAGCGGUGUUGUCACAUUUUCACUCCACAGAUCAAAACACCAGCAGCAGAUAGGAAGAGAGACGACGACCACUGCAGGAGGCAAAGUGCCUGCACCGAUUGCCAGGAUUCAGGGUUUCCAGCUUGGAGAGAGAUAGACACCGGAAGAGACAGAGAAGAGGCGAUAAUGGAGCAAAACCUGCGAUUUCCGCUCUUCUCUACAAGUCGCCAAUGAAAAUGCCGAUUCUGAUGUUGCUGCCGGGUGAGGCCUCCUCCACCAACGACGCUAACGUGCUCCGAAACCUUCCUCACUGAAGCGGGCAUCGAAGAUGGCCUUCACCUCCACCUCCGACAACUGAGCUCCGAAUUCAAGAUAGAACUCUAAUUUCCCUAAAGGAUUUGAAUGUUUGUUCAAACAGCUUAUACAUUUGGGAAUUUUUAAAUUUUACCUUUUAAUUUCUGUUUUUAUUAUUCCCAUGAUUCACUGAUUUAGUUAAUUAUUAUGUUUAGCGUCGUAACCAUUUACCGUGACUCAAUUAGCGGCUUCAUUGUGUAUCACCACAGUCAACGAAUAUGGUCUUCUACCCCCCCUCCAGGACAGAUGUCAUCUAUAGAUUGGCUCUUUUUCCUUAACCACCUUAGCCACCGAUUCUCUAUAUUCACCACAGACGUCACCAUCUUAACAUUAUCCAUAGAUCUACAAUUUUCAAAUCCAUCCACUUGCUUUGCUUACUUAAUUAAUUGAUUUCAUUUUCUUCUUACUAAGUGAAC